UGUCAGUCAUGUUUUAUUUUAUUUAUAAUUCACGAAAGAAAUGUAAUAAUAAUAAAAAUUAAUGAAACAACAAUGGCAAAUACAGAAAAAACAUACUGUCGCUUUUGUGCAGAGCCAAAAAGUCAAAACAAAUUGUUGAAUAUACAAUCGGACGGGGAGAAAUGGAAUGAAAUCAACGUUAAACUCACAUUUUUGAAUGCAAUGUAUGUGGAAGUUCAAAGCGAAAAUAUGCUGCCGAAAACUGUUUGUUUAAUAUGUUACGACUCGCUAAACAAAGCUUACGAGUUCUUAAGUCGGGUCAAGAAGUCGCAAGACUUAUUAUUAGAUAUAUUUUUAAAACAUAAAGAUGAUAAUUCCGGACAUACAGGUGAAGAUUGCAUGACGAUUUUCGAUGAUUAUCCGUCUCCUGGUGGUAUUGAUGACGAUGUGAGCGUGAAAGAAGAGGAAUUGCCUUUGAAAUCACCGAAGAACUUAACCGUAUCACUUUCUAAUGUUAAGGUAAAACGAGAACCUAAGGAAGAAAUACUUGAUGACACCAGUGAGAAUUGUACUGCAAAUAUCGACGAGAAAGCCGAGCAAAUACUGGAUGUCAAUGAUAUCAUAGAGGCGGCCAUAUGUAAUGCACCAAAUAUUGAGAUUUACGCAAAAGAUCUGUCCGAUUUGGGUAGAAACGAUAUUAAAUCAUGGAAAGAUUAUCCGUGGAUGUGUUCAUUAUGUAACAUAGAGUUUUUAGAUAUAGACACACUGAGGUUGCACGCCAGGACUGUGCACACCAAAUGUGCAGUGUUCAUGUGUAUAGAUUGUAAGAUUGCGAGGAAGGACAAUUUUGCAUCGUUCAUUAAACAUGUUAGGAAACAUAGGAAGAGUUUAAGAAACUACUGCUAUUAUUGCAACGAAACACUAGACAAAGCGGACUCCAUCAGCACCCAUCUCAAGCAACACUUCAAAAAGUCCCAACUACCAUGUCCGUUGUGCGGAGAAAUAUUAAACGAAGACACAUUAAAAGCACACUUGCAGGAGUAUGCUGCUGUUAAAUCGAAGAGGAAACCUCGUCGCAAGCCCGGAACUCCCAUCACCGUGGAAGAUCUAACCUGCGAACAUUGCAAGAAGGUCUACAAAAAUCCUAACAGUCUACGUGACCAUAUGAAGCUGCAUAGAAUUGACCGUAAACGCAACUACACGUGCGAGAGGUGUGGCAAAAUGUUCUAUAACAAAGGCACGUUGACAUCUCACAUCAUGUCACACGACAAGAUCCGUCCGCACGUCUGCAGGAUCUGUAAUAAAGCAUUUUUGUACCCGAACAUGUUGCGGCGACAUGUCGAGAUGCAUACUGGUGUGAAGCCGUUUUCCUGCGAGCAGUGCGGCCGAUGUUUCAGGCUGCAAUACCAACUGAAUGCCCACAAGAUAGUUCAUACGGAUUCAAUGCCUUACAUAUGCCAGUUUUGUAACAAAGCGUUCCGUUACAAGCAGAUAUUGAAGAAUCAUGAGCGGCAACAUACUGGGGACAAACCGUAUUCGUGCCAGCAAUGCGGUAUGGAGUUCACAAAUUGGUCGAAUUACAAUAAACAUAUGAAACGACGGCACGGAACGGAUACGUCAAAGAAGAAAAUUACACCGGAUGGAGUAUUUCCCAUAGAUUCCGAAACAGGGCAGAUGGUUCAGAUCGAGGAUGUAGUUGGUAUGGAGGAAUGGAAGAGUAAAAUUAUGAUUCCCGCUAAGAGAGGGAAGAAGAAAGCAAUAAAGAUGGAAAGUGAUGCCUGUUAGACUUUUAAGGUAAUAAAAUGUUUUUAAACUUUUUCCACUGAAACAAGGAAAUUUUGUAGCUGGCAAGCUGUUUUAUAGCUGUAUGUAUAUAGUUCCGUUGCGUUAUUUUACGGUAGUAUUAUUUAAAAUUAAAUUUUAUAUUUAUUAAAUUAAUAAUAAUGAUUAUAAAGUUUUAAAAUUUAUUGUUU